AUGCCCGGUAUACCUAGGCUGUCCCUCGUGGAGGGCUCAUUCGAGGAGCUAGCCGGAGAGCUCGCAACAUAUCUGGACAGUGUGAAAGGUGAAGGUUCGAACGUUGCCGGCGAUAUCAGUCCACAUCUUCAAAGCGCAGAGAAGCAGGAGGAGGGACAACAGACCGACAAAGAUGCCGUACUCAAGAAGCUGGUGACUGCGAGCUCUGUCUUGAACUCUGCCCCUGAACGCGAACUUCAGGCUGCCUACAACCUCCUCAUCCACCUCAUCUCCCAAUCACAAGAUCCGGAGAACUACCUCCCCCCAGUCUGCCGAUACUUGUCCUCGCCCAUCACCUCUUCACCUCACAAUGGCACCGGCAUCGCGCUUGGCAUACUGGGAACGAUCUUCAACGCUGUGCAGCCGGACGAUGAGACACGGUACUUCGUGCUGUUAUCGAUUGUCAGCGUGAUCAGGAACUCUGGCAACUACGACACACUAAGGCCGCAGCUGAAGAACCUUGACGGCUGGCUGCAGGAGUGGGAACUGGAAGAUGACCAGAAGCGCAAGCUGUACCUCGCAGUCUCUGACGCGGCAGCUGCCACGAACGAGGCAGACGAUAGCUACCUCUACCUCAUCAAGGCUUUGCGCACCCUCCAAAGCGACCCGUCAUCCGCAGAGGCCCGCGAGUUGUCAAUCAGAGCACUUAAAGCAGCUGUGCAGAUCGAAAAGCACUUCGACUUCGAGGAUCUCACCGCUCUGGACAGCAUCCAAGCAUUACGCAAGAGUGAUCAGACGUGGUCUGAGAUCCUUGAGCUUUUCAGCUCGGAAAGCUACGAGGAUUUCCAAGACUUCAAGGAGUCCAACCCGUCUUUCUGCUCGGACAACGGCCUAAACGAAGACAUCCUCGACCGCAAAAUGCGUUUGCUCACUCUCGCAUCGCUCGCAGCACAGGCAUCUUCAACAAGAACGCUGCCUUACAGUGCUAUCGCACGAGCUCUCAAUAUCGCAAGCGAAGACGUUGAGAUUUGGGUCAUCGAUACCAUUCGCUCCGGACUCGUGGAAGGCAAGCUCUCGCAGCAGAAGCAGGAGUUCCUCAUCCAUCGCAGCACUUACCGGGUGUUCGGCGAGAACCAGUGGCGGGAGGUCGCGAGUCGUCUGGAGACGUGGAAGGGCAGCCUGGUGAACGUGCUUGCCGUGAUCCGAAGUCAGAAGGAGGAAUUCGUCCGUGAGAAGGAGGUGGAGUUGAACGGCUCCGGUAUCCAGAGUGGCCAGGGCUACAGGCCUGAUCGAAGGCAGAGGAACGCCGCUCCGGCUGUGGAGGUGGAGUAA